CAAAACAAACACGAAAGUUUCUCUUACGUGUGCAACUCAUUCAUAUUUUGCUAAAAAUACAAUAUCAAUUUUUUUUGUUUUAUUUGUCUCGAAACAUCGUAAAAUCAUGUCCGGUGGUGUUCAACUUGGUGACCAGAUCGAAGACGAUGAAGUGCAAGAAAUUUUGAAGACGGGCACUGAUUUGCGCCAGUAUUCGGCACAAAUCGAGAAAGAAUUCAACGAAGUGGAAAAUCGAUCCAUCGAAGACUACAUCAAGGAGAGUCAAAACAUAGCCUGUCUGCACAAUCAAAUCGGGAACACAUCGACGAUCUUGCAGCGAAUGGAAUUGAUGUUGAUGGAUAUUCAGGACGCUUUGAAUAAUAUAAGUACAGAGAUCACGACACUCCAGAGGAAAUCAGUCUCAAUGUCGGUCCAGUUAACUAAUAGGCAGUCCAUUCGAGCUCAACUGUCUCAAUUUAUUGAGGAUAUGGCCAUUCCAGGAGAAAUGAUUUCAUCAAUUAUGGACACCCCGGUGACAGACAAGGAUUUUCUGACUCAUUUAAAUGAUCUAAACCAUAAACUGAGUCUCAUGAAAGAACUAAACUUUAAAGAAUCUAAGUCGUCGCAGGACGUAAAUGAUGUGCUUCAAAAGCUUAAGAUAAAAGCGAUGAGCAAAUUACGAGUCUAUCUGAUGGAACAAAUUUAUAAAUUCCGUAAACCAAUGACAAAUUAUCAAAUUCCUCAGAAUGCGAUGUUGAAGUAUAAGUUUUUCUUCGAAUUUAUACUUUCAAAUGAACGCACAGUUGCACAGGAGAUCUGUAAUGAGUAUAUCGAUACAAUGAGUAAGAUUUACUACAGUUAUUUUAAAAGCUAUUCGACACGACUGGCUGCUUUGAAAUUCGAAGAAGCAGUCUCGAAAGAUGAUCUUAUGGGACUCGAAGAUACGGUGAUUAGAGGAAUAUUUUCCAAGGCCAGUUCGUUGAAGAAUAAAAGUACUGUGUUUUCCAUUGGAGACCGUGGAGAUGUUCUAAACCAGCAACUUGAAGCACCGAUUAUUGUCCCACAUGCACAACAAAAAACUCGUUAUCCGUACGAAGCGUUGUUUCGCUCGGAACAGUAUGCCCUAGUAGACAAUGCCUGUCGAGAGUAUUUGUUCGUGACGGAGUUUUUCGUCGUACGAGGACAUCAGGCACAAGAACUCUUCAAUCAAAUAAUGGGAAAAACUAUGGCGCUUCUAAUCAAAAAUUUGGAAACCUAUGUGCAAGACUGUUUUGAUACUAUAGCAUUGUUUUUGUGUAUCCAGCUUUGUCUGCGGUAUCAAUUGAUGUGUCAUAAACGAUGCGUUCCUGCUCUUGAUCGAUAUUGGGACAACCUACAAGGAGUUAUAUGGCCUCGUUUUGAGCUAGUAUUCCGCAUGAACAUUCAAAGUAUUCAGGAAUGUGAUCCGACAAAAUUCUCUAAGGAAACGGGACCGCAUCAUAUAACGCGUCGCUACGCAGAAUUUUCGGCAGCCAUAGUGGGUAUUUCGGAAAAUUUCCCAAAUGAACUAGUCAGUCAUUUGUUGCUGGAACUGCAGGAAGAGGUCAAGUGUUUCAUGCUUCGAAUGGCCGCUAUUUUCACUACCCGCAAAGAGCAGCUCAUCUAUCUAAUCAACAAUUAUGAUUUGGUGUUAGGCGUGCUGAUGGAACGAACGCGAGACAAUUCAAAAGAAGCUGAAGCAUUCCGUGAACUUCUCAGUACUCGUUCCGCAGAGUAUGUGGAAGAAAUUUUAGCUCCUCACCUUGGCGGCAUAAUUCAGUACGUGAAAGAUUGUGAACAUAUGCUGGAAAAAGAGCAAACAGAGGAAUUUAAGCGACAAGAGCGCCGUUCGCUGCAGCUGGUGGCAAGUUUUUCCGUAAGUUGGAAAAAAUCUCUAGAAGAACUGAAUCGAGAAGUAUUUUUAUCAUUCCCGUCGUUGGUUACUGGAUCGCAGCUGCUGCAGCUAGCCUUAGCACAGUUGGUGCAGUACUAUCAUAAAUUCUACAAACUUUUGACUCCAAGCGCUCGAGCUCAAUUGGUCAAUAUUCAUGUUAUUAUGAUAGAAAUCAAAAAAUAUAAAAGUAACUAUUAGUUUAUUGUACUGUAGAUGUUUACUUUUGAUAAAACCCACGACUUGUACGAGGUGAAUAUGACGUUCAAAC